AUGCCACAUAGUCUUCAGAGGCGAUAUAGAAGACAAACCACAGGUCAUGAUCAUGGCAAUGAAACUAACAAGUAUCAGAAGGUAAUAAAAUUUCGAAAUAAAUUGUGGUGAAAUGACCAAAUGGUUUUCCAGUUCAUUUAAAGAAGAAAAUUUUUAAAAAUGCAAUUUAUCUGAUAAUUUUACAACAAACAAGACAAGCCGAAGAAGGUAUAUUUUAAACGUUGAAGCCAUAAAAAUAGAGCUUUUAUAUAAUACGAUUUAAAUUAGGGAUAAUUCUAUUUAUAAAUAAUGGUCCCAGGUAUGACUUAUGAUGUUUAAUUAACAUCCAAGAUUGUUUCUUGGAAAGCUUACGACUUUUAGUCUUUAAUUAAAGAUCCUAAACUAGUGGUUCUGAGUUUUACAGCGCUCCAUGCAACCAUGUCCCCGAGGUUGACAGCGCUCUCACGUUUGAGGAAAUUUCCUCAAAACAAAGAAUUUUCCAAAGUUUUAAAGAGCCGCAAUAAUAAUUUUGAAGAAUUUUUUUAAAGAUUCUUUCCAAGUAAACAUAUUAUGACUAAGAUAAAACGAUAUAAAAUGUUCUAAUAUUAAUAGAAUAAAUGUGAAACCAGAGCAGUGCCAGUUUGUAACGCAACUUUCACUUUAUUUCGACGAAAAAGCCGUUCAAUGACAGCCAUAGCUAUAGUGAGUCAUGUGACAUAAAAACUUACCACGGUUCAAGGUCACAUAUUUAUAACUUUUGUAAUGCAUGGGAAAGAGUUAUAUAAGUUUUUCUUCCCGAGAAGCUAUCUUGGCGGUCAGUACUGUUGGUUUCCGAUCCUCAGGAACUAAGUCAAAAUGCUCGGCAUUUUGCGAAUGGACCGCACAAUCAUAUAAUAAAUAAUUACACCUUGUUUGUUCCACACAUAAAAUGUGACAUACACGCAAUAUACAUUGAUAUGUACUAAAACAUACCUAGAUUUAGAUCACUUCCUGCAAUGUUUUGAAGGCAAUAUUGGUAAAAAAAAUGUACUUUCUUUCUUCCUCCUUUAAUUAAUAUUCCUGUUCUACUGGGACUACCGCGUUAGGACAAUUUUUUGCGAAGAAUAUUAUUAGAAACUGUAUGAUGCAACGUAAUUAUAAAUUAGCUCGAAAAUUGAUUAUACAGAAAUUUUCUAUUUCUAGUGUUAUUCCGGUGAUGAACUUUUCGCCAUUUACCAAGUGGAAAGAAUGACAGGCUUUACACUGGAGAAAUUUCAAAGUCUUAGUUCAGCUUUACUUCAACAAAUAGAAAGUGAGGCUUGUGCAGAAUCACAUGAUGAUCAUAGUUCUAACGACGAUGUUGCUGCAAAACAUAGUAAGUUAUGCAUGAAAUUCAGAUAGCCCGCGUAUCAUGAAAAAAUUAAAUUAAUUCAAACAUUAUACUAUUAUAGACAUACUAAGGGGCGGACCAUUUGAUUUUUGAGGGGGGUUUGAAGAUUUCGAAAAAAUUUCCUGCAAUCCAAGGAGAAAGAAAAAAAGAAUUAUGCAGCAUACAAUCGAGGAAAAAAAUAUCAUGCAAAAGAAAGCGCUCAAAAAAAAUUCCUACUUGUAAAUCUACUGAGCUAUUGCCCGUGGUCUGUGUGCGUUUUUUGAUAACAUAGCUCCAAACUAUUAAAGCUUCAAAGGCCCAUCUACAGGAUGCAAGUUGAACGUACUGUAUAUACGAUGAUUUUAAUGCGAAAAUGCCAGUUUAGAGAGCCUAGAUUUUAAAAAAUUUCUGAAGAGGAUGCAACCCGAUCCCCAACAAGCUAUUUGUAUGAACGAUUGAAAAGCUACAGAGCUAUAUUUGGUGGAACAUUGUUGUUUCGGAAGGCAGUUAAAAAUCGCAUUAUUGAAAUCUUGUUUUAUUACAUAUUAAUCAAAGCUCAUUUUGUGAUUUUCCCUUGUUUAAAAUAAAGGACAGUAAGUGUUCCUUAGGCUUAGUACAGCAAAGUUGUUGGACGAAGCCAUGGCUGAAAACGCAGGAAAUAGCAUUUCCGAAGUUCAAAUUUUAACAUUUUCUCGGGGGAGCAUGCCCCCAAACCCCCCAAGGUUACAGGUCAUUCAUAUACCGUACCUCCCCCAUUUUCGAGUACUCUACUCUAUCCCUGCAUGCUUUAGGUUUUGGUGCAGUUAUACAUUUUUUGUAAGUAAACCUGCACGCUUUAGUGUGGGGAACAUUAAGACAUAACUAUAUAAAAUAAAGCACAGUGAAAAUUCCUUGGCCCCUCUUGGGAUUCAGGCUCGGCCUCCUCUGACUGAAAACCCCGGCUAACAGAAACAAUAGCUAUAUGAAAGCCUUAAGUUACUGUAAGCAGUUAUUAUGAGGGGCAAAAAAAAAUAUCCUGCCGCGAAAUAUAUUGGGGAAAAAAUAUCUUGCGCUGCACUUUUACAGGAAAAAAAUAUCUGUCUUAUUCCCCUGGGUGGAAAAAAAUUCUUGCACAGUCUGAAUCUUCCAACCCCCAACCCCCUCAAAAAUCAAAUGGUCCGCCCCUAAGGAAUAUAAAGAAACGCUCCUAUAAUUUAUGAAGUCGCUAGAAAAUUUAUUAAAACAACCAAGGCUUAAUAGACAAAUGUGACUAACGUUAGUCUAUGCUGCAAUCCACAACUUUAGAUAAAUUAUACAUGCCUAAAAUUCUAUAGACUCUAUACUAUUAUGCUUUAAAAUUAUCUACACGAGUGUACUCAAAAAAAAAGAAGAAAAAGAAAAGAAUUUUGACAUUUUCUGGUAAAAUGUGAGUAAUAAAGUUGUUAUGUUUUGUAAAGUCUUAUAAUUUAAAUAUUAUGUUAAAUUACUUGAAAGAAUCUGAUCAUUUUACAAAAAUCCAAACAAUUGAAAUUUUGUGUAAAACAGUGACUUGGUCAAUUUGGAUGCAACUCGCUUGUAAAUUCGCUUCAGAAAAUGCCAGACUGCAUGUUUUGGGGCUUAACAACCUAAUAUUACAAUAGUUAUUAGUCAGAAAAACGUCUAUUACAAUUUUUACACGAGUAAUCAAUAAUCAUCAGAGAACAAACUUCAAGUAAAAUCUUCUGACACCCCCCUCCCUCCCCCCGGACUCCAGAAGCUUCGCUACAUCCUUGACCGCUCGUCUCGCAUUAAAUGAUGGGAAUGCAUUCCCAUGGGCCUUUGCGUCUUGUUGUUCCAACCCACCGAAGUACCUGUAAUCUUGCGCUUGCAUGAUUUUAAUUUUUUUCUGAAGUAAAUUUGAGGGACUGUUGCAGGAUCUAUGGCGUCUUUUUUUUGCUCUCUUUAGUGCAGAGUUUGUCGGUUAACCGAGUCAAAUCCGAGUCAGAGUCAAAUCCGAGCCCGAGUCAAGUGUCCGAGUCAUUGUUUAACCGAUGGUCUUUGCAGUUCAAUGACGUAGUACCCUAAUCCUAACCAUAACCCACUCCUAACUUACCCUAACCCUAUUCAACUUAGCCCGCGUGCAGGCCCAAGGAACUGAUGUGGGCCUGCAAGCAAGGCCCGGUAUUUUGUACUUUCCGCGUUCGCCCACGAACGCGGCAUUCUGAUUGGCUGUUUGCUGUUGGAUUCUAUAAUUAGGUCAGUGAUUCGUCACAAAGGCUCUCGGUAAGCUCAAAAUUCGAAAACUGAUCACUUUUUUCGAUUAUAAAUGGAACAAGAACAGACUGUUUAUUGUUUACUUGAAGGAAUAGAUGUUUUUGCCGUUAUGCCAAUGGGGUUGCUUGUCGUGAGGUGUUGGAAUAGCAACAUUACGACUGGGGUAAACUAUAGUAACCUAGCUUUACUUGAGUUUCAUUAAUUUCAAACAGACUUGAUACGUUAUAUGUUCCUCAAGAAAAUUAUCUUUUGGUUGAUGUUGAGAUGCAGUUGCAUGUAAGCCUGUUCGAAACACUUUGCGAUUUACAAGGCUUCGCUGAGAGAGCGAAGGAGCGAAGAGCUGAGGGAGCGAAACGAUCUGGACUCUGAACGCUUUCUUCUUUUGUAGAGUUCUUUACCAAAUGAAAUAACUGAAAUAAAUUUCGUACUUUCCGCCGCCAACAAGAAUUGCGCACACAAUCUGAUAAGUGAGGCAAUUUAAUUAUUUAUAACAAUGCCAAUGGCGACAGCGAAGCACACAAUAUAAAUGCUAAUGUGGUCGCACGACUUCCCUCACGAUUUGAAGUUUGAGACUGGUUUUCUGUUGAAAUUCGUCCUAAUUUUCCUGUUCCGAUUUUAGUUGAAAAUGAGCACUUGCAAAUUUGGCAAUUACUGACUGCGUUGCUUACUUUUUUGGAGUUAAAACGCUGCCAUUUACACAUUGUUUUUGUUCUGAAUAAGCAGAGAAAACCCCACAACAUUUUAAUGCGAGUUUGUUUGUUAACUUGAUUUGGGUGCUGUCAUUGGUUCUUUUUUGACAAUUGACGCGCGAAUGGGGCGUGUUAUGAAAAGGGGCGUUUUACAAAAUACCGGGCCUUGCUUGCAGGCCCACUAUCAGUUCCCUUGGGCCUGCACGCGGGCUAUAUUCAACUGUGAAUUUUAUUCAAUUUCGGAGUUUGUCGGUUACUGACCGACUCAAAUCCGAGUUCGAGUCAAAUGUCCGAGUCACUGUUUAACUGUCUUUGUCGGUAAAAUUACUUAGUACCCUAACCCUAAACCUACUCCUAACCCUAUUCGACUGUGAAUUUUCUUCUGCACUUUCGUCUUUUUUUAAUUACGCGACUCGGGCGUUUGACUCGGGCUCGGGAUUGACCCGGACUCGGAUUUGACUCGGGAAAUGGAUUUACUCCCUUAGUGCAUGUCCAUGCAUUUGAAAUUGAACACCGUUUGCACCACUAUAUAAAACACUUAACCGAAACCCAACGAUUGGUGCAAUUUAAUAGAUCUACAGUAUAUGCAACGAAGUAAUAGAUUGUACCAUAUUUUUAUUAUUGUGUAUGUUCUAUUUUGUCUAGAAUGGGGUUAUAGUGUUCUUGCUGUCGCCAUUAUCAGUUUGCUGUCGCUUGUUGGAGUUGCAAUUAUUCCGUUUAUGAACAGGAUAUUUUAUAAAAUAUCCCUCGUGUUCUUUAUUGCUUUGGCUAUUGGUACAUUGGCUGGUGACGCAUUGUUGCAUCUUUUCCCUCAU